CUGAAACAGAACCUGGGCCAACAAAUGUUAAUCAUGAGAAUAUUUGCAAUUAGUAUUUGUACUUUGGACACUAACCCUAGUUGUUGGAUUUAUUUUUUUGGUGGUUUUUGCAAUUUAAAUGAUCAAAGCGUGUGUCGGAAGUCGGAACAAGUGUGUUUUUUUUGCCAGGUAAUGGGUAUCAUGGGUCGACGUCCAGACUCAUCUCGGGGUCGGGAGACAAGUAUGUUCUUUGCUCACAUCGCUGGGCACACAAGAAAACAAACAAAAAAAUUGCUUUUUUUUCCUGCCGGCGAAAUCAUUGCUUAUAUGGCUCAAGAAUUUCAAACACGGUCCAUUGACAACAAAGAAGAAGAAUUUCAAACAUGGUUUGGGGAAUGCUACAAUACAUGGGAGCGCGAAGGAUCUGCCGAGGGUUUGCUGGUCUUUAAACCAUCUGAGGGCAGCAGGAAGGAGCCAAUCCGCAAGGAGACCAACUCUAACCUUCCCAGUCAGAACAUCCAUGGUUUUAAGAACGAGAUCCUGUCCUUGAAGAGCUUCUUGCUGAAUCAAAAAGAAUCUGAAGAGUUCAAGACCCUUGCGGUCGUUGGCAAAUAUGGUGUAGGGAAGACGGCUUUGUGCCAGGAGGUAUUCAACAAUGAAGAUGUCAAGAAAACUUAUGUCCCGAGGGUGUGGGUGUGUAUGUACACGGAGAAAGAAGAACUAAGCAGGGAUGGUGACCCGAAGAUUGCCAUCGUGAAGAGAAUCUUGAGGAACCUCGGAGUCGAAGAGGAUACGUUAGCUUAUAUCAAGGACCAGGCAAAAGAAGAGUUGGAAAACGCUCGAGAAGGGGAUGGAGAGAAGGAACUCUCUAUGCUGUUGUAUGCUCUUCACUUGAAUCUGUGGGGGAAGAAGUAUCUGAUAGUGUUGGAUGAUGCCCGGAAAGAAGACGGUUGGAAAGAGAGACUCGACGAGAGAAAUCAGAUACCCGAAGGGAAGAAAUGGGGAACACAUCUCUCGUUCGGAUUCCCCAAAGGGUCGGGUGGAAGAGUCAUAUUCACGACCCGGGAUGAGGAUCUGGCCAAGGAGUUAGUCGGGGAAGAACGUAGCUUGCACCGUCUUCACCCGCUUUCUGAUAAAGAGAGCGUCUGGGACAUUUACAAGGAUGCAGCUGCAGCUAGUAAAUUCGACGUGAAUCCGAUUGACGAGGGAAAAUACAAAGAUGAACUGAUGAACAAGUCAUGUGGAAUUCCGGCGGCCGCUAAAGCAUUGGGGACGAUUGAGCCGGUGGAUCUCGAAGAGUCCGAAGAAACUGCCGGGAAGAAAGAUUCUAACCGCGGAAAAUCUACCGACAUGGACAUGGAAGACGUCAAUGUGAAUCAGAUGGAGGAGAAGACGGGUUCUAGCCAUGGAGAGACCAGCCUGAACAAAUCCGAACUAGGUGGUACUGAAAAAAAACAAGAAGAAAAAGGCUCCGAGUUCAAAGAUUGAAGAAUUUGUCCCAUGCUGUUCUUUAACUGAGUGUUUUGUGUGUGUGUAUCUGUGAAACAUAGACGCUUAAGAUUUGUGUCAGACUGUAUCUACCUAUAUGGUGUCCACGCAUAUGUCUUGUAAUAAUAAUUGCAACUUAGAUUUCUCACUA